CAAUUAAUGUCAAUAACUUUUCAAAAACAAUUUCAGUCCUCUCAUUUUUGCCUCUUUCAUCCCAUCUUCUGUUCUAAUUGAACUCCUGUCAAAAAAGGCAAAACCCACGAGAUAAUUCAAUAAACAGUUGCCACCUAUGCCUUUUUAUUUUAUAUUAAAAAGGACUUUAAAUAUUUGUAUUUAUUAUAUAUGUUGACUAUAUGUAUAGUUGAAAGUUGAGGGGCUGCUAUUUUCAGACAAACUUGAGCAGUGGUAUGGGAUCAGUGGUUCAAAAUUUUGUAGCUGUAACAGUACUGGGGUCCAAGAAGAUUGGUUUGGAUAUAAGUUCAAUGGGAGAAGCGCCUAAUUCUCAGCAGAAGAUUGUGACUGGUGAUGGUGGUUAUGUUCUAGAGGAUGUUCCUCAUUUGUCUGAUUACAUUCCUAAUCUUCCUACAUAUCCUAAUCCAGUGCAAGAUAAUCCUUCAUAUUCAGUCGUUAAGCAGUAUUUUGUCGAUGAGGAUGAUACGGUUGCCCAAAAGAUUGUUGUGCACAAGAACAGUCCAAGAGGAAUACAUUUUCGUCGAGCUGGUCCUCGUCAAAAAGUUUAUUUUGAGCCAGAAGAUGUUCAUGCGUGUAUAGUGACAUGUGGAGGCUUAUGUCCUGGUCUCAACACAGUUAUCAGAGAAAUAGUAUGUGGCCUACAUUAUAUGUAUGGCGUAAAGAGGGUCAUGGGAAUAGAUGGAGGAUAUCGAGGUUUCUAUUCCAAAAACAUAAUUCCCUUGACACCCAAGGUUGUGAAUGAUAUUCAUAAACGUGGUGGAACCAUACUUGGGACAUCUCGAGGAGGUCAUGUUACCAAGAAAAUAGUAGAUAGCAUACAGGACCGGGGUAUCAAUCAGGUUUAUAUAAUUGGAGGAGAUGGAACCCAGAGAGGGGCAGCGGUGAUAUUUGAGGAAAUCAGACGGCGUGGUCUCAAUGUUUCAGUUGCUGGAAUCCCUAAGACAAUUGAUAAUGAUAUACCGGUUAUUGACAAGUCUUUCGGUUUUGAUUCUGCCGUUGAGGAAGCCCAACGUGCUAUUAGUGCUGCUCAUGUUGAAGCUACUAGUUUUGAGAAUGGAAUUGGCCUUGUGAAGUUAAUGGGACGGGAUAGUGGGUUCAUUGCCAUGUAUGCUACUCUUGCCAGUCGAGAUGUCGAUUGUUGCUUGAUUCCAGAGUCCCCUUUCUAUCUUGAGGGAUGCGGUGGACUGUUUGAGUACAUAGAGCACAGACUCAAAGAAAACGGACACAUGGUUAUAGUCAUAGCUGAAGGUGCCGGCCAAGAGCUAGUUUCUGAGAGUUUGAGAUGCACCGGUAAGCAGGAUCCUUCAGGGAAUAAGCUUUUACAAGAUGUUGGCCUAUGGAUCUCGGAAAGGAUAAAGGAACAUUUCUCUAAACAAAAGAAGAUGCUCAUUAAUCUUAAAUAUAUAGAUCCAACGUACAUGAUUCGGGCUAUUCCAAGUAAUGCAUCUGACAAUGUGUAUUGCACUCUUCUUGCUCAAAGUGCUGUGCACGGAGCAAUGGCUGGCUAUACUGGCUUUACAGUCGGUCCUGUCAAUGGCAGACAUGCUUACAUACCCUUUAACAGAAUCACUGAGACACAAAACAAGGUUGUGAUAACGGACAGGAUGUGGGCGAGACUUCUAUCGUCAACCAAUCAACCUAGCUUCUUGAGAACAAGAGAUAUAAUUAAAGCGCACAAGGAGGAAGAACCACCUACUCAGUUGUCAGACGAUUCAACUACAGACGACAAUUUGAUGGAGAAACAAGUCCUCUGCUAAGUAACUUUGAACUUCAUAUCGAUCCAUUGUGUACAUUGAGAAAAAAAAAAGGAGUUGAGAUCUUGCGAGAGAAAUCCUACAGUUCUGUAAUCUCAAUGUGUGAUGAUUACCAGCUUGGUGAGUUUUACACAAUGUGUACUUUUGUAAAUGUAAACAAUAUACAAUAAUUAAGAAAAGAGCAUACAUGAUUUUGAUGCAGAAACUGAUA